CCUUGUCAAAGCGGACAGAAGUCACUCUUUAUCCCGAAUUUUUUUCUUCUCGCGUCCGCUCGCCGUGCGCCGCGUAAACAGUGGUUCGCUGGAACUGGUCAGGCCAUGGAAGCGUUUCCGAGUGCGCGGCGCCAACCUCAACAGCCCCAGUGUUAAAUUCUAAUUCAAAACAACCAUGGAAAUCGUAGACGUCGAAGAAUGCCAGCCGGAGCCGUCGGUCACGACGAGAAAGAGAAGUUUGUGGGCUAAAAUUAACAAUAGGACAACGUACAGCUACUUGUUUAACAUAGUGAUUUCGAUAUUGUUGUUGACGUGCUUAGCGUUAAUAUUGUAUUUCUUUAAGGAGUACCUGUACGCUAUAUUAGUGUGGGUGGACGAGCAGGACCCUCGGAUAAUAUUCUUGUUGUUCAUGGGGUUGUUCCUGAUAGUGAGUUUCCCAGUGACUAUAGGGUACCUGGUGCUGAUAAUAACGAGCGGGUACCUGUUCGGCAUGGUGAAGGGGCUGGGCACGGUGGUGGUGAGCGCCAACGUCGGCGUGGCGGUGGCGCACGUGACGCUGCAGGCGCUGCGCGGGCGCCUGCCGCUGGACCGCCUGCUGCGCAACGACACGGCGCGCGCGCUGCUCAAGGUCAUCUCGGGCCCGCAGGCCUUCAAGAUCGUCUUCUUCGCGCGCCUCACGCCCAUCCCCUUUGGCCUGCAGAACACCAUAUUUGCUGUGAGCGACAUCCGCGGGUGCGGCUACCACCUGGCGACGAUGCUGGGCCUGUUCCCGGCGCAGCUGAUCAACGUGUACCUCGGGUCCACGCUGCGCUCCAUGCACGACGUGCUGCACGAGUCGCACGCCACCGGCUACGUCGUGUUCGCGUGCCAGAUCAUAAUCGGCGUGACGCUGAUGGUGUGGGUGGUGCAGAAGGCGCGCAAGGAGCUGACGCUGGCCAUCAUGGCGGUGGAGCUGGGCCGCGAGACGCCGUCCACCAGCAGCUCCAGCUAGCCCACGGCGCCCGAGGACGGCGCCUCCAGCGUCGCCAGCUAGCCAGCUAGCCAGGAGGCGUGUGUCCAGCCCGUGCUGAUUGAGGCAGGGAACCUUUUCUCCCUAGCAGCUUCAGAAAACACUCCGGCCUGUCUCGCCAAAGAAUGGAGUGAAGACUGCUGUAUGAGCCCUCGGCGCCAGUGGUUUCGUGGCCUACUUGACAGCUAGCUACAGAGUCUGACGGGGCAAGUAGACGGGAACGGAUAGCUAAGGGCGCAGUAUCAAGCUCGCCGCAACAGUGAAGCGGAUCAACCUCCGGGUAACAGUGUAGCUAUAUAGUGAUGUUGGGGUAUAGUAUAGGGUGGUGGGCCUGAAAGGUGGACCUGUGAUAUUAGACUAAGUUAGGUACCCGGGAGGUCCGUAGAUGGUCGCUUUUAUCGUCGACGUGGCCUUCACUUUCUAGCAAUGAAGACGAAUGGCACGUGAUACGUGAGAUGUGCUGCCGUCUGUACGUGUACACUCAGGCCGGUAGUGAAGAAAAAUAGAAGGACAAUAUGGGAUUGAUCGUAGGACGUGCUGACGACUGUACAGUUGUAAAUAACCUAUCAGAGAAAUGCUCAUAUUCGACCUACAUACAAGUCAGACCUUAAUAUUGGUCGUUUAAACUAUUUAACGUAUAAAGAUGUUAUUAUAACAUAAUUUCGGGAUAUUAUAAGAACUUCCAGUGAUCUCUUCUAUAAUAUUAGGAACAUUCGUUUGACUGAUGCAGUUAAUUCAGGUAGGCAAUGCUAACGAAUCUUGUAAAAAGUACUUUGUACCAUCUUUCGCACUGUUAACCUUAUUGCAAAGAGAUAUAGUCCGGUGAUUACUUGAGUGUUGCGUUUGCGUUUUAGGACUAUUAAUUUUGCUACAUCAAUUAAUAACACAUCUAAUCUGUUUAUGAUACACGGAUUGAAUAAUACUUGUCCCUAACAUAAUAAUUACACGCACGUCUCUUGAGCCCAAAUCUUCGGGCAGUACCUUAGAGAAACAUGAGUGAGACAUGAUGAAACAAUGCCAUCGUUCCAUAUUGGAGUGAUUACAAAGUGGCACGCGACCGUAGGCGUGCAUUACAGUUCGCGGGUGACAUGUCUAAUGUGUAAUGUAUCGGAUAAAAAUGCGUCGAUGCGUCGAUGCCGAUCGAGCUGGCGAAUCGCCAACAUCCAACAUGCCGCCGCCGCGCGCCGAGGCAGACCGGGCACUAGAUAUUGCUUACUCCGCAGGGAGCUCUGAAUCGAAUGAACGAGGCGAUGCUAUACGAGUAGGAAAGGUGAACCCUGGUGGUAGACGUCCUUCUACUAAAUAAAUUCAUUCGUAUGUAACUUAUUUAUCAAUUGCAGAUUAUGGUUCUAAUUGCUUGUGAGUCAUAUAGGUAAUAAGAAAAUGCAACCAUCAUUAAUCGGCCAUUCUCAUAUCUUUAUGUCACAGCCUUUUAUUUUAGGACUGUCGAAUAAUCGACGGUUGCAGAUUUCUGAUCAGUCCUUAAUAUUACUUCCCGCAAAGAAACGACGGAACCAAAUACCUAAAUAUAAGAUGUGCUCACACUUCGAUUAUUGACUUCUGCAACUUCUAGAAUUGUUAUAGAAUGUAUAUUAUCUAAUCGUAGUUUUUCCAUUCAAGGUACAUUUGUAGGUAAACAAAUAUCUUACUAUUUUUUUAAGUAUUUUGUCCUUGUAGCCUCUUUAACAAUUACAUUUCUGAUAUUAAUGAAUGUUGCCAAAGUACGGCCGUAGCGAGAGAUUUCGUAUUUUAGUAUUUAAAAAGUUUACUUUUGAAACGUGAUUUUAUUUUCUAUGAUUAUGAAUGAAACCACUUGACCAUGUUUAGACAAAAUGACUAUGACUUCUUCAUCUAGACCAAUAUGUGGCAAAAAUAUAUGAACAUUAGGGAUUGCCAUCGAGUCAGUGUUCAGAUGUUUUUGCCUGUUUGGUAAAAUUUGGCAUUUAAUCUUAUGAACUCGAGACUAAGUAACCGAUAUGUAAAAUAAUUAUUUAUUGAUCUUAGUAUGUAAGCUCCUUGUAAUGUAUCGUAACAUAAGUAGGUGUAUAGUAUAAUGAAUAAAUUCAACUUUUGUUGAUAAUAUUAACUUUUCAAAUCAUAAUAAUUAUGUUUGUUUUAGAAUCAUAAUGGGUACAAAAAAAUGAGAUAUUGUAAUGAAACCCAAACUUUGGAUUUGAGGCAUACAUUUGCAUUCGCCAACGCGCUUUUCGUCGGAAAUACCUAACAGACAGUUGCACGGGCCUCGGGCGCGGCUCGGUUAGCUUUCGUCUUCAAUUCAACAAUCCCUUGUUCUUCCUUUCACAACGUUCAAGACUGAUUGUUUCGUGUUUGCUUGAGAAGCUUUGUUUACUUUGCUAUUGUUGUCUGCAAUUUAGCAUUAGAUACCGUGGACACAAUUAUCUUACCAUCCGUGAACCUCAUGGCAAAGACAGAACCUCAUCCAAAAGGAGCCAAUUAAAGGUAUUGCUGUUAUAAUACCUACCACUCGCUGGUAGUAGCGAGUGGCUGGACAAUUGUAGGUACAUAAUAUUUAUUACACCAAUUCUUUCAAUAGCGCUGAGUCUGAACAAGCAAAAUCUAAGUUUGUUAUUAAAACUAAUCUUAAUUUACACUUUGAUUGCUUUAGCAUCAAUAUUAAUUAAUGGUACAUGCAUGUAAUUGACAUUAAGCCUUAUUCUAAAGACAUAGGAUUGACAGUGGCCCGGUAAGAUGGCUGCUCUGAGUGGGCACGAGUAGCUAAUCAAUCGUUAUCGUGGCAUGUUAUCGUCCUUAUCGUGCAACAACAGCACUAACGUGCUUUCAAUUAGCAUCCACCUAGUGUUUCACUUCGUGUGCGAAACGCAAUCGCCUUUCAAUUUGUUACGGACAAAAUGAAUAUAAUUAUAAAGCUGAGUUUAGACCGGCAAGUUAUUGCUGCAAGUUUUGAGACAGAAGUAUAUGCAAGAAAGAGAUGCAGAUAUUUGCCACUCACUCUUACCUAUAGUUGCGUCUCAAAACUUGCAGCAAUAACUUGUUGGUCUAAACUCUUUAGCUAUCGUUCCUAACGUAUAACACCUAAACCUCUAUCUAUUAUAAUAAAUAAUAAUAAUUGAGCCAACUGCGGGGCACUGGCCUCCUGAGCCUCCUCUCGUGCAUUAGAGGGCUCGGGCUGUAGUCCCCACGCUAGACCUAAACCUAGACAAUGACCUAUACUUUUCUGUAAUUUAGUCCUUGCUUGAUUAUAAAUUGAGGUAUUUUGAAUUGAAACCGAAGUCGGCAGAAGGUUGAUAAAUGAUAAUUAAUGUAAGAUAUUCCCUUUUUAUCUGGUCUCUUCUGGUCUUAUUCAUAGCCCUUAAUAUAGUCUCUUCUUGCAACGAAAUUCUAAAACUAUCAUUAAAUGCAAAUAAUUGUUAAAAUGUAUUUUAAUUAUUUCUAUAUGCACAAUGACAGGGACCCAGUCUGUAUCUUAAGUAUUUAAAUAAAUGUAAACAAAAUCUACCCUCAACAAGUCAACAGGCUAAGUUGAGGAUAAAUGACAACAUCAAACGACCAAAUAUAAGAGCCACAAGAGGGUUAAAGACGGUGACUCAGCGGCAGAUCCGAUUGGUUUUUAUAUUCCGUUGGUUAACCGACAAAUGGUGUAACUACCCGAAAAUGUACUAAUUAUUUGUUUAUUUUCUUUUAAAUACCUAAACACUACACUAAUUAAAAGCCUAAUCUGUAUGUACAAACGACUUGUGCUAUGAAUGUUAAUCACCCUGUAUAUUUCUGUCUAU